GGCUAGCCAGCGUUAGCUAAGCAUACAGAAACGUCAGGACACCGUAAAGCAUGGUUGAUUGUAUCUGUUAUUUUGCGUAUAUGUACAACUAAAGAAGACUGCAUCGGAGGUUAAUGUGACUUCCACAUUUUGCUCAUUUUGAAGCGCGCCAGCAACGUUUAUUUGUUCGAUGUCUUCGAUGAAUGCUAACAGGAUUACCUGCAACCCUUAAAAGACCCAAUGGCUACCGACAAGCCCAUGGACGCGGUGCCAGCUCCUCAUCCUGCCCCAGCCUCACCCCCCGACACCGCCCCAGCUUCCCCUCCUGCUCUCAGCUCUAGUGCAGCCCAGGACCAGAUUCCCACCGAGGGGCCAGCAGUAGCUGAAAUCCGAGACACAGCGGUGACCCCAGAACAUGAUGCUGCUCCAGAUCUCCCCCUGCCGCUUCCUACAGACCCAGACGCUGCCCCAGUCCUUGUUCCAGGUUCUGAGCUGCCCCCGGUACCUCUGCUGCCAGUCAGCGCUAAGAACCCCAGCUGCAAGAUCAUGACCUUCCGGCCCACCAUGGAGGAGUUCAAAGACUUCGCCAAAUACAUCGUCUACAUGGAGACUCAAGGAGCUCACCGUGCUGGCCUGGCAAAGGUGAUUCCCCCGGAGGGCUGGAAGCCCCGGAGGUCCUAUGACACCAUCGAGGACAUGGUCAUUCCAGCUCCCAUCAUGCAGGUGGUGACCGGACAGUCGGGUCUAUUCACUCAGUACAACAUUCAGAAAAAGUCUAUGACCGUGAGCGAGUACCGCAAACUGGCCAACAGCAAGAAGUACUGCACUCCCCGGCACAAAGACUUUGAUGACCUAGAGAGGAAAUACUGGAAGAACCUGACAUUUGUGUCGCCCAUUUAUGGUGCAGAUGUCAGUGGCUCCAUCUAUGAUGAGGACAUUCAAGAGUGGAACAUUGGCCAUCUCAACACACUGCUGGAUAUGGUGGAGCAGGAGUGUGGCAUCGUCAUCGAGGGUGUCAACACUCCCUACCUCUACUUCGGCAUGUGGAAGACCACAUUUGCCUGGCACACUGAGGACAUGGACCUCUACAGCAUCAACUACCUGCACUUUGGACAGUCAAAAUCCUGGUACGCCAUCCCACCUGAGCAUGGCAAGAGGCUGGAGAGGCUGGCAAAAGGCUUCUUCCCUGGCAGCUCCCAAGGCUGUGACGCCUUCCUACGUCAUAAGAUGACGCUGCUAUCUCCCUCCAUCCUGAAGAAAUAUGGCAUUCCCUUUGACAGGAUAACUCAGAAUGAAGGAGAGUUUAUGAUCACCUUUCCCUAUGGCUACCAUGCUGGCUUCAACCAUGGCUUCAACUGCGCAGAGUCCACAAACUUUGCCACCCUGCGCUGGGUCGACUACGGCAAAAUGGCUACCCAGUGUACCUGUCGUAAAGACAUGGUGAAGAUCUCCAUGGACGUAUUUGUCCGCUGCUUACAGCCCGAUCGCUACGAGCUGUGGAAGCAGGGCAAAGACACCACGGUGUUGGACCACCUUAAGGCCACUGGGCUCAGCAGCCCCGAACUAGAGCGCUGGAGGGAGCAUCGUGUAAACCACAGAGCAAAUGUCCUGAGAAGGGCCAUGCAGAAGAUGAAGCAGGUCCGUCGUCUAAAGCUGGAGGAGGUGAAGGUGCUGGCCCAGGAAGGCAUUGAGUUGAAUGCUGCAGAGUACCAGCGUCAGGUGGAGGAGCGUGAGGCCCAACGGAGGCAGGAGAGAGAGGAGCGUCUAGCCAAGGAGGCCAUGUUGACCCUGGAGGCCUUGGAGCGUGAGGAGCAGGAGGCUGCCGAGGCUGCUGCCAAGGCGGCAGAGACUCCGGCUGUAGAGGAACCCGAGGCCAAACCACAGAACCUGACAGAAGACACAGAGAAAAAGAAGCAUAAAAAGUUGAAGAAGAUCUCAAAUAUCCACAAUGCCAUCACUGGGUUUGAGGAAGCAUUUGAGCAGUUUGCUACAUCCAGCAUCAAGCCUUCAAAGAACACCAUGGUCAGUCAACCAGAGGAGGGGAACAUUGGUUCUCCAAGACAGAGUGACGUCCCAGCAGACAACAAGCUGGAUGCAUGCUUCUCCAAGGUGAAAAUGCCAACAGAGGUAAAGAAGAGUCGCCGUCACCCCCUCAGCAAGCCACCCAUGCGCUCCCCUCUGUCAAUCCUCAAACAAGACCCGACCAGCGACAAAGAGCUGUCCUCCCCCAUGCCCCUGGACAGUGACAUGAAGAAACAGGAGCACCUGUGGCAGAAUCACUCGCCCAACUUCCUGGCAGAGAAGGCCUUUAAUGCUGCGGUGGCAGCACUCCAACCACACUGCGCGAUCUGUUCACUCUUCUGUCCCUAUACAAAGCCACACAAAGACAUUUUUGUUGCAAAUGACACCCAGCGUGCCUCCCUUCCCCGCCUGACUCGUCCCCUGGUCCCAGAGAUGUGCUUCAGCGUUGGUGCAGGCAACACUGAACCUCCACCCACAAACUACCACAUUGGAGAGGAUGGAACCAGUCCUCUGCUUUGCUGUUCAUCUUGCCACAUGCAGGUUCAUGCCAGCUGUUACGGUGUAAAGCCAGACUCCGUCAGUGAUUCCUGGAUGUGCUCCAGGUGUGCAGCAGGAGCUUGGACAGUGGAGUGUUGUCUCUGUAACUUGCGAGGAGGAGCUUUGAAGACUACCACAGACAACCGGUGGGUCCAUGUCAUCUGUGCCAUCGCUGUAGCGGAAGCUCGCUUCGUCAACGCCAUUGAGAGGGAACCGGUGGACGUUGGUGCUGUUCCAGAAACACGCAAGAAUCUGAAGUGUGUUUUCUGCCAUGGCAAGACUGCCAAUCAGAACCGCGGCGCCUGCAUCCAGUGCUCACAUGAUAACUGUGCCACCUCCUUCCACGUCACCUGCGCCCAAAUCGCCGGAGUAGUCAUGACGCCAGCCGACUGGCCCUACGUGGUGUCCGUCACCUGCCACAAGCAUAAAAGGGUCCCCUCGAAGCCUCGGACAACGCCCAAAGGCCCACAGAGUCUGAACCUAGGCCAGAGGGUGAUUGGUCGCAACAGUGACGGCUGGUACUACCACUGUACCAUCAUCGGCAUGGCAACACAGACAUUCUACGAGGUCAACUUUGACGAUGGCUCGUAUUGUGACAACGUGCACCCAGAAAACAUCUUAAGUCAUGACUGCUUGCGAUCCGGUCCUCCUGAGGUGGGGGAGUUGAUUGUGGUCAGCCCACCCAAGGGUCAGGUUGUCAAUGCUUCCUUUAUCCGACAGCACACCCACAAAUUCUAUCAGGUCGAGUUCCAGGACCAGAGCCAGCUGAUACUAAAACACUCAGAAAUCCAUCAGCUGGACCAGGAACUGCCGAAGAGGGUUAGAGCCAGACUGGCCAUACCUGUGCCACUGGAGGAGGUUUCAUCAGCAGAUGAAGCCCAAGCAGCAAAACGCCGGCGCCUGCCCUCAGACUCGGACCAAAAGGCUGAAACCUCCAUGGAGAUGACAAAUAAACCUGCCAGCCCCCUAACUACAGCCCCGGUAGGAGCACGAGCAGAAGAAGAUCACAGUAUUCAUACACUGCCGACCUCACAACCUCUAUCCCAGCCCACCAUUACCCCGCAUGGUGCCGCCACCCCAACAAAUGGUAAUCAGAUGGACGCUGAGACCCCAAUGGACAUGAGCGUUGCCCUCUCCGAUGCUCUAACGGAGUCAAGCCUGGCCAUGGACCCCACGCCGACACCACAGUCAACCCCCUUUUCAGUCGACGUUUCCUACAUGGAGAGCCUCCUCCAUUCACAUUUCACUCAGGACAGUAGUCAAGGACCUCUGUAUUAAAAACUGACUCCACUUUAUUAUAACUCAGCCAGUGGAGGUUGAGCCGUGAGGAAGUAAGCUAAUGGAGGUGGAUUCUACUGAGUGCUGUAUUAAUGGACAAAAACAUUUACUCCACCGGCUCUAAGAGUUCAGGGCGGGAGCAAAAAAGACACACAAGCACUCUUUAAAUGCAUGUUAGUUUUCUAUUUUUGAGUUAAUGUAUUUGCGGUGGUGCUUUAGCUUGCUCUGAAGCAGCAGCUAAAGAAUGCUUUUUUAUUUUAUUAUUAUUAUUAUUAUUAUUAUUAUUAUUAUUGGUUUUUUUUGGCCUUCUGGGGUUUUUCCAUUUUUGGUCAGCUGCUGUGCUUUUCUCCUCCAUCUUAAUAUGAAUACGUCUCUGGGUGGUAUCAACCCCAUACCUCAUUGCAUUAAUUCAAUAACGGCACACUCCCAUUUUCUUUUGUACAGGAAGCUAAUUACCAUAACACCUCUCAGCACUGAGACCCAGGUGGACUUUUUCUUUUUUUUUUUUUUUAAAUCAAAUAACCAGCAAAAAAAUAUCUAUUUUUCAAUCCAGCCACUUGUGGCUUUGAAACUGUUUUGGUGGAACUAAAUUAUCACAUUGUCCAUCUGUAGGAUAUUCUCAGUAAGGUAUUUUAUGUCAGAUCGCAAGAGGUAAAUGGGGAGAAUGUGGUAAAAAAAAAUGUAUUGUAGGGGGAACUCAGUAUUUAAAUGUCUUAGUCAAAUAUUGAAUUAAUUAUUUGUAAUAGAAGAACUAUGUUGAAUGCAAACACUAGUAGAUUUGUCUGCAGGAUGCACAGAAACUUUGUGAAGAUGUGUUAUGGUAGUUAACAGAUGAGACCUUUAUGUAUUGACAUCCUUCAAACUGUAAUUUGGCAGCUCCACUUUUCACACCUAAAACUGUCUCAGGGUUCCUACAUCAGGAAAAAAAAAGUAAUUAUAUCUUCCAAGUCUUUAUACAGUUACGGAAGUACAGUACAGCCCGGAGAAUGUUCCUCAGUUGUAAUUGGAACAGGAAAAUCCUUUGCUUAUGUUGUCAUAUUGCUAUUGUUAACAGUUUGUCCACUAUAAUGAGUGAUAUCUUUGUUUACUGUCAGCUAUCUCCUAUUAGCACAUCAACUGGCCCGAACUAUGAGGUCAAAUUAAAGGAUCAAAGUCUGGAAAAUGUUUCAUAUUUGGAAUAAGGAAAUAUGUAUUUGUAGGAACCCUAAAAUCUGGAAAAAAUGUAUCAUUCUUGGUUUAAAUUGUAUGUACAAGUCAAUAUUGUAUAUUAAUCUGUUUUUUCUAUUACUGUAUCCUUUCUAUGUUAAUUUUUUUUUUAACUGAAUUUACAAACUUGGCCAAUCUAAAAUAUGAAUGAUUUUUGACAGACUUUCAAAGGGCAUAUUACUCGGUUUGUACUGUUAAAUACAUCUUUCUUUUCCUGGAUAUGCCCAUUUUGUGCUUCAUAGGUGCUACUACUGAUGGACUGAGUUUCCAAACACUGUCCCCUUGUACAUACUGCAGGCCUUGUGUAUUGUGAAUCAAAUGUUUAAAUGUCACACAUUUACUUUUCUUUUCUUUUUUUCUGUCACCACAACUGACAGUUUGGGCCACAAAUGUGUUCCUGUGUCCAAAUGAUAUCCAUCAAGGACAUUUUAUUUCAUAGGGAUUAAAGUGGGUUGCUAGUC